UUUAUUUUUAAAAAAUUGAUGAUCAAAUAAAAUUUAUUAGUCACGUGCUUGCACGGUGCGUAAUUUUUUCUCUUCGGUUGAUAUUCCGUAUACAUUCCAACGUUCCAAUGCAUGAAUGUGCCGUUAAUAAACGUUGAUUCCAAGAUCGAUCACCUUUUCAUCCGGCAAUGUCAAAAGUUCCCUCUUGUAACCAUUCAGAGGUGAGCAGUCCAUCCAAACGUCAAUUUGGUACCGAAGCCGAGUCGAGCUUUUCUAUUUCUACCGAUUUUACUACCGAUUACGAUAAUGGAUCUGUUUCUGCCGCAACCGAGGAUCCAGACCUACGCGAAGUGUUCAAUGCACUUUUAGAAUUGGAAGCCAGGAGUCAGCCUGAAAGCUUUCAACAGAAUAAGGAAAAAAUAGAAAAUGCUAUUAUUAUAAACGAAGAGAUGCAAGCUUUCGCAGAAGAGCAAAUCUUACAAAUUGAUUUGAUGCUUAAAAAGAACACAAGCUUAAUGAAUGAAGCUAGCCAAAUAGCCCUUAUAGAAAAAAGAGCCUGUCAACCAUUUUUGAUUCAUAAACGAUACAGAAAAGAAGCAAACUAUUUUGAUGGAAAUGAAGUAUUGAGACCAUCAAGUGCGAAUUCUGAGAGUAACGCUAAUAAUGAAACCGACCAGACGAUAGAAAUUUCCGAGAGCACAGACUUACUGUUAGAAGAAAAUGAGAGUGAUGAGGACGAAACUGUGCACGAAGAACAGGAUGAUGAUACAGAAAAAAAUUCGAAGAUUUGGUCGUUAAGAGAAAGAAGAAUGUUGGAGGAAGGGAUACUAUCCGAAGCGAAGCGGAUUCUUUGCCUUGAAUUUGUGCAAAGAAACGAACCAUGGCGUUUUUGGGAAGUUGAGAAAAUGGAUAAGCACCAAUUAAAGAGCUUUGAUGUGAGUCGCCUUGACUGGCAGCGUAUUAGCAGUAUGCAUGUUAUUACCAAAACCGCUACAGAAUGCUUGAUUCAAUGGACAACACAAGAGCAUCCCUCUAUAAACAAAAAGCCUUGGUCUAAACAAGAAUCUGAGCGACUAUCGCAACUCGUCGACGAAAUUGGACUCAAUAGUGGACAAUGGGAGUUGAUAGCCAAUCGCCUUGGAACAAACAGAACGAUUGCACAAUGUUUUUCACAUUAUAUGUUUGAGAAGAACAAUGAUAACUCCAAAAAGAAAUGGACAGCAGAAGAGGACAAACUACUCGCAAGAGGUGUCAAAAUAUUUGGCAAUCAUAACUGGCAAAUGGUCGCAUCUAUUAUGGAAGGGCGUACUGGACAGCAGUGUUUGCAUAGAUGGCAGAAAGCUAUCAACCCCACCAUAAUUAAGAAAAAGAAAUGGUCAGAAGAGGAAGAUAAUCAAUUGAAAAGAGCAGUUCAGUUAUAUGGUGCGGGACAAUGGAAGAAAGUACAGCGUUUAAUACCAGGAAGGACAGAUGCACAAUGCCGCGAAAGAUAUAUGAACGUUUUACACCCUUCUCUUAAGAAAGAACCUCUGACAGAGGAAGAAUCUAAAUUGCUAAUGGAUUUGAUCCGUCAACACGGAACGAAGUGGUCCUAUUUGGCGAGAUUAAUGCCUGGAAGAACUGAUAAUUUUCUCUUGAAGCAAUAUAAGCGUAUAAUCAGAGAGCAGCAAGGCAAAAAGAAAAAGAAAGCUUCAGACGGAGAGCAGCAAUCGAAAGCUCCAAGCCUUGAAAAAGAAGAGCAUACAGAGACGUCGAAGAAGAGAAUUAGCAAAGGGAAAACCGCAAAAAAAGCAACUGCCAAAAAGGCAGCUGCAAGACCAUCUAACUCUGAAAAGGAUACUUUUAAUAAACGCUCACCUCAUGGAAAUGCCAUGAAGGCGAGAAUAAUAGAUACCACUGGAACUGAUGAUAGAGAAACAGUAUACAAUUUAAGGAGCAAAAAGAGAAAAUUAAAAAACGCAUGAAUCAUAUACCCGAAUUCUGGACAUACCAAAGCUACAGUAAAUGGUGGCUUAUCAACAUUUUCUUACUGCUUAAUUAUAUUCUAUUUAUUUUUAUUGUAACGCUUUACAC